AUGUCGUGUACACUGGAGAACCGCCGACAGCGAGGAAUAUCGGUUGUGUUCGUUGAUGUGCGAUUCAUGAGCAACAGGAAGCUCUUGUGGCUGAUUUGGGGUAUGUUCGGCCUUCAGAUCGUGGUUGCAUCCCGAUUCCAAGCAAAGAAGUGUCGGGGAGUGUUGCUGCUUGUCGGGAACCGAAAAGAACCCGCCGCCACCACUAAAAGGCGCCCUCACCCACCACCACUACAAUUUCGUCUCCGUAAUUUCCUGCAGUACACCAAUUUGAUUAUUGGUUCUUUUAGAUUCACAAAAAUCUAUGUUUACAACAAUAUGAAGGUUGGUUGCAGGCUUUUAAUUCAAAGCCGAAGCGUCGUUCUAGGAUUCAUCAAAUCCCCAAUGUUAAUUCGCAAUCACCAUAUCUCCCCACCUGGAUUUUUGGGAUUACGAUGUAUAAAUCAAGCCCAGAAACCCUUUUCUGUUACCAAUCCAAAUUGGGGCCAAUCUAGAGUUUUUCCCGCUACCUGUUGUAGUUCUAACAAGAAUGGUAGCAGUAAACCUCGUUACGUAUCGGAUUAUUCAACAAAAUUAGAAACUAGCGUGAAUGACAAGAAUUUCGAGAAGAUUUACGUGCAGGGUGUUGAUGAAUUAGAUGAAAAGACGCCGGUAGUGGUAGAGAAGAAAGAUGAAACCGUAGAUAGGGAUGGGGGAGAAUCUAGGUUAAAGAAUGACGUACAAAAUGAAAAUUUAGUCUCACUAGAUCCUACAGAGAGGGUAGAAUCAGAGGCGGAGAAAGAAGCGUGGCGGUUGUUGAAGGAGUCAGUUGUAACGUACUGCGGCAGUCCGGUGGGGACGUUGGCCGCCAAUGAUGCCGGAGAUAAGACGCCAUUAAAUUACGAUCAGGUUUUCAUUCGAGAUUUCGUCCCGUCGGCUUUGGCUUUCUUGCUAAGGGGAGAAGGAGAGAUCGUUAGAAACUUCCUCCUCCAUACUCUGCAAUUACAGAGUUGGGAGAAAACCGUGGAUUGUUACAGCCCAGGUCAGGGAUUGAUGCCUGCAAGUUUCAAAAUAAGAACUGUUCCCCUUGAUGACAACAAGGUUGAAGAAGUUUUAGACCCUGAUUUUGGUGAAUCUGCUAUAGGCCGUGUUGCGCCUGUUGAUUCUGGAUUAUGGUGGAUUAUCAUGUUGAGAGCAUACACAAAGAUCACUGGUGAUUACGCAAUGCAAGAAAGGGUCGAUGUUCAAACAGGCAUCAAACUGAUUUUGAAUUUAUGUUUGUCAGAUGGUUUUGAUAUGUUUCCUUCUUUAUUGGUUACUGAUGGCUCCUGCAUGAUUGAUCGAAGAAUGGGUAUCCAUGGACACCCUUUGGAGAUCCAAGCGUUAUUCUACUCAGCCCUAAGGUGUGCACGGGAGAUGCUUGCAUCAGAUGAAGGAUCCAAGAAUUUGGUGAGGACAAUCAACAAUAGACUGAGUGCAUUAUCUUUUCAUAUAAGAGAAUAUUAUUGGAUAGAUAUGAAGAAAAUCAAUGAAAUUUACCGAUAUAAAACCGAAGAAUAUUCAACCGAAGCAACAAACAAAUUCAACAUUUAUCCGGAACAAAUUCCUCAUUGGUUAAUGGAUUGGAUCCCAGAAGAAGGAGGUUACAUGAUUGGCAAUCUACAACCCGCACAUAUGGAUUUUAGAUUUUUUACCCUUGGUAAUAUUUGGUCAAUAGUUUCAUCUUUGACCACUCCAAAACAAAACAAUUCAAUAUUGAACUUAAUAGAAUCCAAAUGGGAUGAUCUUGUUGGCAACAUGCCUGUUAAGAUCUGUUACCCUGCCUUGGAAUAUGAAGAGUGGCGCAUAAUCACUGGUAGUGACCCGAAAAAUACACCAUGGUCUUAUCACAAUGGCGGUUCCUGGCCAGUUCUUCUAUGGCAGUUCACAUUAGCUUGUAUCAAGAUGGGGCGAAUAGAAUUAGCAAGAAAGGCGGUGGAUCUUGCUGAAAGUAGAUUGCAUGCUGAUCAUUGGCCAGAAUAUUAUGAUACCAGAAAUGGAAAGUUUAUAGGGAAGCAAUCUAGGCUUUACCAAACAUGGACAAUUGCUGGAUUUUUGACAUCUAAAAUGCUUUUGGAAAAUCCUGAAAAAGCGUCUCUUUUAUUUUGGGAAGAAGACUAUGAGCUUCUUGAAAUAUGUGUUUGUGCUCUUACAAAAACAGGCAGGGCAAAAUGCUCUCGUGGUGCUGCCAAAUCACAGAUUCUCGUGUGACAACAAAACCCUAUUCCUAUUGCGUUGUUGUACAGUAAUACGAUAUCAAAUUUUAGAGUAAGUUAUAGAUAUAGCAGUAUAUAAAAAAAAAAAUCAAAUACUGCAAUUUUUUUGUAUUUGAUAUCAUUUAUACCCCAUAUUGUUUUCUUCUCCGAUUAAUUGAGCCAGUUAAUCGAGUAAUAUGAAUCAUAAGUUACAACCUUCUUUUGUGGGAUAUGUAGGAUUAUUUUUGUUCUCCAA